GAAUGAGCACUUUUUCCUAAUUGUUGUGAAUUUGAAGGAAGAAAAGCUUCAGUUCAUAGAUAAUAUGAGUUAUGAUACAAAGUACAUGAGUGAGGUUGAGAAGUUCUCUGAUGUUCUGAGUGAUAUGCUGAGUACUUUUCUUGAUCAACGCCUUCCUCAAAGUAAUGACUCAGUGAAGAACAUGAUUGAGUAUACUUUGGAGUCACCUUCUGUAAAUUGGAAGUCUGGAAAACAGAAGAAUAAUGAUAGUGGCAUUUAUACUAUGGUCAGCAUGCUUUACUUUGAUGGAGCUGAUGUGUUCGACUGCAAUGUUUUGAAAACGGUUUCAACUAGACGGACAUUGAGAGCUCAGAUUGCUGCUACUCUGGUAUUAUCUGAUAUGAACAUUGUCAGAGAUGAAGUUCUUGAAAAGCUAUCUGAAUUCAGAUUAAUAAGGAGUCAAGUUGCAAAAGAUGUUUUUGAUGGGAUUAAGAAGAAAACAAAGCAAGGUAAAAAGGAAAAGAAAGUAUAGGCAGACUAACGAAUAUGUGGAUGAAGUUUUUUGCUCGGAAGUAUUUGUAUUUUGCACAGAAGUAGGAAAUCUAAUGUAAUGAUGUAGUUUGCAUCAACAAAUGGAUAAUCUGACAAAAUUGUAUAAGUGUUAAUAUAGAACAAUAUGAUAUGAUUCCAGUUCAUACAAAGCUUUUGAAUUGGUGGUAUUGGUAGUUCUUUUGAUAUGUAAUCUUUAAUUGACAUUCAAGAAAGUUUAGUGAAAUAUAUAUUAGUUAU